UUCAAUAGGAAAUGUUAUUAGCAAGAUAAGAAGAACGUUGGGCCCGCCUCCUACCUGAAUAUAUAUCAAAUGGAAGGUUUGGAAAAGCAAGAGCACUUUCCUAGUUUCCUAGUAUUCUCAUCUCUUGUUUGGUCACACAAGGUUGAAUUGAGAAUGGUGAUUUAGCAAGCUCAAUAUAUAUAUAUAUGUCAGUCUUACAGUUGGAUAGCUUACUAUACAAAAUAAGCAAUGUGAGUCAGUUAAGGCAGCUCCAUGCCCACCUCAUUCAAAAUUCCCUCCACCACCAAAACCAGUGGGUGUCAUUGCUCAUCAACCAAUGCACGCGCCUCCGUGCACCGCCGCCCUAUACCCGUCUCAUCUUCGACUCUACGCCUCGCCCCAACAUCCAUGUCUUCACCUCCAUGCUCAAAUAUUACGCCCCUUUGGGCAAUGUUUGCUCUAAUCAAGUUGUUUCACUAUAUCAACUAAUGCAGCGUUGCGAGGACAUAUGUCUUGGUACCUUUGUGUACCCAGUUUUGAUCAAAUCGUCCGGCAGUGCCGGCAUUGCGUUCCACGCGCAUGUGGUGAAGUUGGGUCUUGGUUCUGAUCAUUAUGUUCGCAAUGCCAUCAUGAGUGUGUAUUCAAAAUACGGGCCGGUUGAGCAUGCCCGAGACGUGUUCGAUGAAAUGCCUGAGAGGAGUCUGGUGGAUUGGAACAACAUGAUUUCUGGGUAUUGGAAGUGGGGGAAUAAAGUUGAAGCGUGUAAACUGUUUGAUAUGAUGCCUGAGAAGAGUGUUGUUACUUGGACUGCUAUGGUUACCGGGUACGCUAGGAUGAAGGAUUUGGAGAAUGCAAGAGGGUAUUUUGAUAACAUUCCGGAGAAAAAUGUGGUGUCGUGGAAUGCAAUGCUCUCGGCUUAUGCUCAGAAUGGCUCUCCAGAGGAGGCUUUGAGAUUGUUUGAUGACAUGAUGGAUUCUGGAGAUAAACCAAAUGAAACUACAUGGGCAAUUGUCAUUUCAGCGUGUUCGUCAUGUGGUAAUAGUUCCAUUGCAGAUUUGUUUAUCCAAAAGCUCAACCAGAAGCGGAUGCAUUUAAGUUACUUUGGCAAAACAGCGAUGCUUGAUAUGUAUGCAAAGCGUGGGAGCAUCAAGAGUGCUAGAGAAGUUUUUGAUGAAUUGGGGGUGUAUAAGAGCUCUGGGACAUGGAAUGCCAUGAUAUCAGCAUAUGCAAGAGUCGGGAAUUUGACUUCAGCUAGAGAGCUCUUCGAUAAGAUGCCGGAAAGAGAUGUUGUCUCAUGGAACUCGAUGAUUUCUGGUUAUGCUCAGAAUGGACAGUCCGCUCUUGCAAUCGAUCUCUUCAAAGAUAUGACUGCUGCUGAUAACCCCAAACCAAAUGAAGUCACUAUGGUCAGUGUCAUCUCAGCAUGUGGGCAUCUUGGGGCAUUGGAGAUAGGUAAUUGGGCCGUCAACUUUCUCACAAAACAUCAUACCAAUCUAAGUAUAUCAGUAUACAAUUCUUUGAUAUUCUUGUACUCUAAAUGUGGAAGCAUGGAUGAUGCCAAGAGAAUAUUCAACGAAAUGAAACAACGAGAUGUGGUUUCCUACAAUACAUUGAUUUCAGGGUUUGCAGCUCAUGGUCAUGGAAUGGAAGCUGUCAAGCUAAACAUGAAGAUGAAAGAAGAAUUUAUUGAGCCAAACCGUGAAACGUAUAUUGGUAUUCUGACAGCGUGCAGCCAUGCUGGGUUGUUAGAAGAAGGUUGGAAGAUCUUUGAGUCGAUCAAAGAUCCUGAUGUAGAUCAUUAUGCAUGCGUGGUUGACUUAUUAGGUCGAGUGGGUAAAGUGGAUGAGGCAAAAAAAAUAGUUGAUGGCAUGCAGAAAGAGCCACAUGCUGGAGUUUAUGGAUCUCUUUUAAAUGCUAGCCGGAUUCACAAAAGAAUUGAUCUUGGGGAGUUUGCUGCAAGCAAGCUCUUUGAGCUUGAACCACAUAAUUCAGGAAACUACAUUUUGCUUUCGAACAUAUAUGCCUCUGCAGGCAGGUGGGAUGAUGUGGUGAGAGUUAGAGAAGCAAUGAGAAAUGCAGGUGUGAAAAAGGCAACUGGUUGGAGUUGGGUUGAAUACAAUGGUAAGAUGCACAAGUUCAUUGCGGGAGACAGAUCACACGAACUGUCAGAUGAAAUUUAUAGGCGAUUGGCAGAAUUAGGGAGGAAGCUGAGGAAUGCUGGCUACAUUGCUGAUAAGGCCUGUGUGCUAAGAGAUGUUGAUGAGGAAGAGAAAGAAGAGAUGGUGGGUACUCAUAGUGAAAAAUUGGCGGUAUGCUUCGCUCUUCUUGUUACAGAAGCAAAGUCAGUGAUUAGAGUGGUGAAGAAUCUGAGGGUGUGCAGGGAUUGCCAUACAGCUAUUAAGAUGAUAUCUAAGUUGGAAGGAAGGAAAAUUAUUUUGAGGGAUAAUAACAGGUUUCACCAUUUCAGUGAUGGGCAAUGUUCUUGCGGAGAGUAUUGGUAAUGUUUAAGAACCAAUUUGCUAUAUUCAUGCUAAUAAGGAUAGGGACGUAACUAAUGCUUCUGGAACAUGAAGUAAUAAGUCAUGGCGGUUGCCUGCCAAUUGAGUAAUUUCUGUUGUAAGAUAUUUCAUUCAUCGAGUUAUCAAAAGAAAUCAGGAAUAUAAAAUGAAACCUGGAAACCCAGGCAUUUACUUUGA